AAAAUAGUAACGCUACUUCGUGUAGUGUUACAUUUCACUUGGUGUAGCCCCUUGGAGGGUUGGUUUCGAGACUCUUCAUGGUUGGGGACUCUGUGGUGGUGUACCACCAACCUGGACCUCGGCUCUGGGGGUAUGUAGAGGCUGGGAACCAUCUCCCUCUCGAACUCUUCUUGCUAAGUUUGUACUCCUAAGACUAUAGUGGCUGCUAUACCUCCUGCCAGUCAAACCGCCAUAGCGUCGUCAAAUCUUCAUGGAAUUUCAUGAUUCAACUUGCUGCUCAUAGACGACAGCAACGCACUCCAGAUCCAACUUACAGAUCACCGUUUGAUUCAGUGACCAGAUCGUAAUCAAUAUUUGAAGCCGUCUGACGGAAAUCCGACUGUGCUCUCUAUCUCUCAUUAUAGGCACAUCUAAGCCUAUUGUGAUUAUAACAAGUGGUAUCAGAGCCCCUUGGAGCCUUCUCGACCAUGCCUAGACCUGAGGAAGGGGGUGGCAGAGGUGCUGGAGGCAGAGAAGACGCCCAAGCACAAGGUCAACACCAAGAUCCACCCAUUGCUCCGGUGCAACCUAGCCUUGGACCCUCUAGGGAUGAGCCUAGAGUGUUUGGCCUUGACAAGUUCAACGGUGACAACUUUGCUGAGUGGUCCUUCAAGAUGGAGAACAUCUUUGACCACUAUGAUCUGCUGGAGGUGAUGGAAGGAACGGAGAAGCGCCCCGAGAACGACCCGGAGAAGAGCCCGUGGGUGCGGAAGAGCGCACAAGGCUACCUUCUACUUGGGCAAGCGUUGGGGAGCAGCCAAAUCCGUCACAUCAAGCCUUUUCAGCGUGAACCAGCAAAGGGACCAAAGGCAUGGGCUGUUCUCAAGGGUGUACAUGCUCCUGCAACAGCAGCGGUAGCUGUGGUUUUGGAGCGGCAAAUGGCAGCACUUCGAAUUGACGAAGGCGAACCGGUGGAGGAAGGAGUACAGAAAUUCUUCGACUUGUUGACACGGCUCGAAGGAGCUGAGCUAAACUACAGUGACCUUCAAAAGAAGACCAAGCUGCUGGCCUUACUUCUGGACUCAUGGUCCUCGCUCAUCAUGAACCUUAAUCGAGAUCUGCCCCGUCUCUCACUCGAAGAUGUGAAGCGGGAAAUCUUACAAGAAGAUUUCCGCCGUCGCGAAUUGGCGGGUCCCGAUGGUGCCGGAGUUGCAAGCAUGGGCCGUGGGCACGGCCGUGGAAGAGGCAGAGGGCGAGGAGAAAGAUUUGGCAGCAGUAACUUCAAUGGAGGCCGUGGUAAUGGAGGAUAUGGCAGCAACAACAACAAUGGCUACGGGCGUGGGCGCGGUCGAUUUGAUGGCGAAUGCCAUUUUUGUCACAAGACCGGCCACAUGUGGAGAGAUUGCUUCAGAUUGCCUGAUGGAUGGACCCCUUCUCAAGGCCAAGAGGGCAGAGGAGCAAGGGGAGGAAGAGGCAGAGGUCGUGGAGGCCGUGGUGGCCGUGGAGGCGAAGCGGCAAGCAUGAAAGGUGGAGACUACGACAAGGACUCGAGUGAAGAUCGAUACCCGGGCCAAUUCUUCUUUGUCUCCACGCAAGCGGCAGCUGCAGCAGGAGGUGUGGAAGGCUUUGAGGAGCCAGCAACUGUGGGAAAGGUCACCCUUCACUCUCUGGACUUUUGGGUGAUCGAUAGCGGCGCCACCUACAGCAUGACACCUCGUGCGGACUUGCUCACCGAACUCGAACCGUCGCCGGUGAAGCAUGUUACAUCGGCUUUGGGGCAGCGAGCAGAGGUGAAAGGCAUGGGCAAGGCCAUGUUCAAGGGUGCUGAUGGGAAGAUGGUGGGCCUCAAGAACGUGCUUUGGGUGCCCAACCUUGCAGCCAACCUGAUUUCCGUUCGGCGUUUGCAAAAGGCCGGCAUGGACACAUCUUCCAAGGGCUCCAAAACAUAUACCGCGAGGCUUGGUGAGCGGAAGCUUUGGGACCUUCAUGAGGACAGGGACAUCUACAAUGAGAUGUGGCAAAUCCCAGUGGUCCCCAUGCCUAAGGGGAGGCAAGUGGCAGCAAGCGUCAGCACCAAGAGUGAAGCGGUUGGUGGCGGUGAUCACGGAAAACAAAGUGACACCAAGAGUGACUCGAAGGAGUGCAACCUUGGAGAGACCAGCAAGGCGUGUGAACCCAAGGAGAGUGGUGCAGCAGCCAAAGGUGGUGGAAAUGAGGAGGAGAAGCCUAAGAUCAGCAAAGCAGCAGCGGCGAAGGAGAAAGGAGAGAGCUUGUGGGGCACGAUUGCGAGUGCCGCUUUCUCCAACCCGACUUCCGCUACGGGAGAGUGUGAUUGGCUGACCUUGCAUCGGCGAAUGGGGCAUGUGGCAUUGCCCAUUUUGCAGCAGAUUGUUAAGCAAGAGAUGGUCAGUGGGAUACGUGUCAAGGGGGAGCCCAAUGAGGUGCUUGGCUGUCCAACAUGCAUGCAAGCCAAGUUCACCCGCUACCCGUUCCAUAGCUCGGAGACAACGGCGAAGGCACCACUUGAUGAGGUGGUGAUGGAUGUGGUGGGCCCCUUGAAGCUUGGAGCUGCUGGAGCUGAGUACUUUCUCACCAUUGUGGACGUCUACACUCGCAUGACUUGGGUGUAUGUGCUGCCCAAGAAGAGUGACGUAGCUGAAACUGUGAAGACCGAUUGGUUGCCGAUGGUGGAGCGGCAACAAGACCGACUUGUGAAGGCGAUUCGCACUGACCGUGGGGGAGAGUUCCUGAGCAAGGAUUUCUCAACUUGGCUGAAGAAGCAGGGCAUAAGGCACUCUCUUACCAUGCCCUACUCUCCUGCAAUGAACGGCAUCGCCGAGCGUGCGAAUCGGACACUCACGGAGACGGCUCGGGGACUUCUCAUUGAAGCCGGUCUUCCCAAUUACUUUUGGCCGGAUGCGGUGCGGCAUGCUUGUGUGGCCAAGAACAGAGCCUUGACUCAUGUGGGAGAAGACAAAUGGGUGCCCUAUGUGGAGUGGAUUGGAAGGAAGCCGAAGGUGGAUAUGCUUCGGGUGUUCGGGUGCAUAUGCAUGGCACUUGUGCCUAAGAAACUUCGGCACAACAAGCUUGAUGCCAAGGCAACAUGGGCCGUACACCUGGGCAUGGCUCAAAACAGCAAGGGAUGGCUUCUUUGGGACCCAUUUACCAAGAAGUUCCUGGUGAGCAGAGAUUGCAAGUUCAUGGAGAACUUACCGUACAAGGAGUGGAAGGCGGAGAACCAAGCGAAGAUUGGUGUGCGGCUCAGAGAGGUGAAGAGUACCGGCUUGGAGCAUGUGGAGCUGCCCUUGGAGCUGAGUAGCAGCAGCACUAUUACAAGGCAAUCUCCUCAAAUGAAUGGGGGAGAAGAGGAGGAGGAGGUGCAGCAAGGUGAUGAGCGUGCACCGGCACUUCCGCCUCGUGCUACAAGUGCUCGUGGGAACCGACCAGAUUUACCGCAACGCCAUGAGAGCAUUCAAGUCCCUGCAGCAGAGGAGGAAGGAAGGGGGAGAAGGAGGACUCAGCCCCCUAAUAGGUUGAGCUAUGACCGGCUUGGAGGACCAGCCAACUCAACCUUGACCGGUUCGGCUCUCAUGCUAGGCGAUGAUGCGGAAGAUGAAAGCGAGGAGUGCGCCUUUGCCUUCUUCUCUCCGGUGGAGAUGCCGGGGGAGCCUACAAAUCCCAAGGAGGCUUGGGAGGGCCCCAAUGGGAAGGAGUGGAAGAAGGCCUCAGAUGAAGAAAUGGGGAGCAUCAUCGAGAACGACACGUUUGACUUGGUGAACCUACCUCCGGGGCGUAAGGCGAUCUCUUCCAACCUCAUGUAUGCGGCCGUUCACACAAGGCCGGAUGCAGCCUUUGCUACCGGGCAGCUGGCUAGGGUUGUUCAAUGCCCUAAUGAAGAGCAGGUAGCAGCUGGAGAGAGAGUGGCCAAGUACCUUGGCCAAACAGCAACUGUUGGACUGCAAUACUCCGCGGCGGCACAAAGGCGUCAAAAGGGGGCGGAUGGAGUCGAACCCGGGAGGCUCUUUCUCACCGCCUUCUCUGAUGCAUCUUGGGCAUCAGAACCAGAGGACAUGACAAGUGUGGGAGGCUUCAUCUGCUGUGUUGGUGGAGGCCCAACAGCUUGGGAGAGCAAGAAGCAAGUGGACCAAGCAUUGAGCUCGGUGGAGUCCGAGUACAUGGCACUCUUCCGUGCCAUAAGAGAGGUUGUGUGGCAGCGGCGUUUGCUAGCUGAAUUGGGGGAGGAGCAGCAAGGACUAACCCCACUCUACUGUGAUAGCCAAGGUGCUAUUGCAUUGGCUAAGAACCCGGUUCUUCAUGGCCUUACCAAGCACAUGAAGGGUUGGUUUCGAGACUCUUCAUGGUUGGGGACUCUGUGGUGGUGUACCACCAACCUGGACCUCGGCUCUGGGGGUAUGUAGAGGCUGGGAACCAUCUCCCUCUCGAACUCUUCUUGCUAAGUUUGUACUCCUAAGACUAUAGUGGCUGCUAUACCUCCUGCCAGUCAAACCGCCAUAGCGUCGUCAAAUCUUCAUGGAAUUUCAUGAUUCAACUUGCUGCUCAUAGACGACAGCAACGCACUCCAGAUCCAACUUACAGA